ACGAGUGUCUGCCGAAGUAUAAAAUGACAAGUAGGCGUGUGAGAUAUGCUGCAGCUCUUGUAAUUGUAAUGAAAAACGUGAAAAAGAAAAAGAGAAGUAUUUGGGUUAGAGAAUGGAUAAUGAGAAGAUCGCAAUAUGGUGCCUAUAAUAACCUUUUGCAAGAACUUAGUAUCGAGAGCAUGGAUACGUUUGAAAACUUUUGCAGAAUGUCCUCAAAUGAUCUGGAGUGUUUGUUGACAUUAAUAGCGCCCGUCAUAUCAAAACGAGACACAAAGUUCCGUACUGCUAUUUCAGCAAAGGAACGUUUGCUUGUCACUCUACGAUUUAUAGCUACAGGAGACUCAUACAAGUCCCUGAUGUACUUGUUUCGUAUUCCGGUCAGCACGAUUUCUCUGAUCGUACCUGACGUAUGUAGAGCCAUUUUUGACGUAUUGAAAAGGGAAAAUUAUUUGAAGACUCCUGAAACAACAAGCGAGUGGAUGCAGGUGGCAAAGGGGUUUGAAGAGAACUGGAACUGUUUUCUACAGCGGAACUCGAUUCCUUGGGACCGUUGUACAAUCUCGGGAUGA